CAGCUGUGUGACCAGCUGCCUCAUUCUCCCAUUGUCGGGUUUGAUUUAUUGCAGGAGGAAAUAUGGCCCAAAGUCGGAUCCUGGAUUUGGUCAAAACUCAAUGCCGCAUAUUCUCCCUCAAUUUCAACCCACAACGGCUUCGACUGGGAAACAAAGUUUUGAGGCAGCGCCUGCGAGGGCCUGCGCUUGCGGCAUGGUACCCAAAGAAGACUGUGUCUUUCCGUGACCUACAAAAUACCUACAAACCUCUUGGAUUGACAACAUUUGAUGAGGCAGAAGAUGACCGAGAAGAAGCCAUUCAGAUUGCCAAAUUGCGAGGCAAGGGCCGGCCGAAGAAGAAACGAACUGCCGCAGAAUCGCGGUCCGCCAAGAAGAAGAAAUAAUCUGUUUGCCCGCUGAGAUGGCUUGACUAUAUCCAGGGCCCGGUUGAACGUCAGCGCAUAACAUCCUCAUGGUUGGAUGGGAUUGACAUUCCACCUUUCUGCCUGGAAAUAUUUCCACCUACAACCUUAUUUAAACCCUUCUGUUCUGAUUUUAUUCCAUAGCAUGGUACCUGUGGGCACAUCAUCCAUCAUUUUGUCUUUCAUUUUUUGUACACUAGAUAUUAUAUGGCUCAUGCCACUGCUAUUCAGAAUCGUGCCGG